GGCGGUGAAAUUGGGUAGUAUGUAGUGAGGUCACCGAACGGUUCUAACCAGGGAGUUUUUUUGACAGCUACCCUGAAAAACGACCGGCAGUUUUCAAGCGGCCGGAGGCGUUUUUUGACAUAAAAAUUUUUUAAUUAUCAAGCGGACGGGGCUUUGCCGUCAAACAAGCCCGGUCGAAAACUAUCGACUCGCACUUGAUAAAACGACGCAGGGGAGCCGGCAAAAGGGGCGCCCUUCUGAGGCGCCCGCCGCCUUGGUUUCUGGCGAUUUGGGGCGCCCAAAAAGGGGCGCGCAAAAAACGCGCCCAAAAUCAGAACAGCGAAACAGCACGGCACGGCCGCGAUUUCGGAGCAUUUUGGGCGGCCGCGAAAGCGGCUGCCUUUUCGCCGGUUUCAGAGCCUGGGAAGCUUUGCAAAAGGCGCCGGCGUGA